AUGGAGACGCGGACCGAGGACGGGGGCCUCACUCGCCGCCCCACGCUGGCCUCGUCCUGGGAUGCCACGGGCAGGGUCCUGACCCACAACCUUCUUCUCACCCGGGUCCGUCUCCGCGCCCGCGACUUCUCCUGGGGGGAGCUGCAGGCGCCACCUGCUCCAGGGUGCGCCGGGCCGAAGGGAACGUGGUCGCUGCGCUGGCGACUGCCGCGCUCCUCGGGAAGCUGUGAGGGGAGGCGAGAGAGUCUGAGCCCUGGACCCGGGAGAGCAGUUGAUGCCGGGUCUCUGCCGGGGAGGGGGGGCUGCGAGGUGGGGCGAGGCCCCGGGGCUUGA